GUCGCGCGGCGUGCACGUGAGCGCAGACGGAGGGGACCGCACAGGAGCACCGCACGCCAGUCGAGCCCGGAGGCGCACAGCGCAGACCUCGGGAGCGCGCGCAGCGCCAGCACAGAGCCAUGCUGGUCCAGGCGGCGCUGGUGACCGCGCUGGUCGGUCUAGCCUGCGGGUGCGGAUUUCCGGGAGCGCCGGCGCACAGCACGGUCACGUUCUCGACGGACGCCAUCGGAGUCGGCACGGUCGCCACGUACACGUGCGACCGCGGCUUCGAGCUGCUCGGACCGGCCAGGAAGGAGUGCCAAGGCAACAGCACGUGGGCGCCGGCCGGCAUUCCGUUCUGCGUCAUCAACGUGGCGGCCGGCAAGGCGCCCAUGCAGUCGUCCACGGCGCAGGGAGGCAUCCCCCAGAAGGCGGUGGACGGCAGCACGAGUGGCUUCUUCAACCCCAAGACGUGCACGCUGACCGAGCAGGAGACGUCGCCGCUGUGGUACGUCAACCUGCUGGAGCCGUACAUGGUGCAGCUGGUGCGACUGGACUUCGGACGCUCGUGCUGCGAGGACAACAUUCCGGCCACCAUUGUGGUGCGGGUCGGUAACAACAGACCGGACCUGAAGAUCAACCCCAUCUGCAACCGUUUCACUGGCUUCAUGGAAGAGGGCCGUCCCCUGUUCCUGCCAUGCAACCCGCCCAUGCCUGGGGCGUUCAUCUCGGUCCACCUCGAGGGACCGCCCGGCCAGAUGCUCUCCAUCUGCGAGGCCUUCGUCUACACCGAUCAGGCGCUGCCGAUCGAGCGGUGCCCCCAGUUCCGGGACCAGCCGCCAGGCAGCACCGCCACCUACAACGGCAAGUGCUACACCUUCUACAACCAGCAGCCGCAGAGCUUCGCCGAGGCGCAGGAGUUUUGUCAGGGUCGCGGCGGCACGCUGAUCGACGAGACGAACCCGGCGCUGCAGGGCUUUCUCAGCUGGGAGCUCUGGAGGAGACACAGGGAGGACCCGAACGGCCAGUACUGGAUGGGAGCCGUGCGCGACCCGCAGAACCCCGGCAACUGGAAGUGGAUCAACGGUCAGGACCUGGGCGUCAGCUUUUGGAGCCUGCCCGGCGGCCAGGAAAACUGCGCUCGCUUCGACGGCACCAAGGACUGGCUCUGGUCUGACACCAACUGCAACCUCCGACUGAACUUCAUCUGCCAGCACCAGCCGCUGACCUGCGGCAAGCCGGAGCAGCCGCCCAACUCGACCCUCAUCGCGCCCGACUUUAACGUGGGCAGCCGGAUCGCCUACCGCUGCGAGGAGGGCCACCUGCUCUCGGGGCCCGAGGAGCGCGAGUGCCUGUCCACCGGCUUCUACAGCGCAUACCCGCCCACCUGUAAAAACCUGCAAUGCGGCAUGCCGGCGAGCAUCAAGCACGGCCGUUACAGCCUGGUGAACGACACGCGGGGCUAUAUGUCCAUGGUGGUGUACGAGUGCGAUGAGGACUUCGUUAUGGUCGGCCGCAACGAACUCAUCUGCGACGUCGACGAACGCUGGGGUGGCCCUCCCCCGCGCUGCGAACCCGUCUUCUGCAAGGAGCCGCCUGCGAUUCUGAACGGCGGCUUCCGCGUCUCCACCAACUCGACCAUCGUCGGCACCCUCGUGGAGUAUUACUGCUUAGAUGACCGGUUCACCCUGACCGGGCCUCGCACGCUCCGCUGCAUGCGCGACGGGACUUACAAUCAGGAGCCUCCAGUGUGCCGAGCCGGAGACGCCGUGGCCGUGGCCGGCGCAGGCGUCAUCAGCUUCGGCCGACCGGAGGAGAACGAGAUCCCGGACACGGUGAACAUCCGGCAGAACGCGCCCGGUGUGCGAGAGCCGGCCAACACGCUCGACGAACGCUCGACCGGACCCAAGCUGCACAUGGGCGGCAUCAUUGCCUUGAGUGUGUUCGGAGGAUUUGUCUUCCUCGCUGCAGUGGUCACCACCAUCGUGAUCCUGAUCCGGAGGAACCGCGGCUAUCAUCAGCGCCGCUCGCACCCUAACGCUAACUCCAGCAGCUACUCUACUGAGUCAGAGACCCACGGUCUGAACAAGUACUACAAGCGCGCGUGGGAAAACCUCCAGUCUAGCGGACGCCAGGAGCGAAAGUCGGGAAGUGGUGGCAAGUCGCGCGGAGAGCCGACCAUGCGUUCUGAGAUGUACCGCGACGCCAGCGAGCUGACCGUGGCGGACGUGGCGCACAUGUACCGUGGCGAGGACAAGCGACGCCACCACCACCACCACCACCGACACCACCAUAAGGACGAGCACGAUCGCGCGGAAAGGCACAGUCGCAAGCAGUGAGCAGCGCCACCUAUACGGGCUCAGUGACGCCGUUGUGCGGAGAAAACCUGAACCAUGUCUGGCAAAGUCGCAAGAUUCCGCAAGACCCGAUGAGGGCUGGCGGGUGGUUAAGGCGCAGAGGGCCCCACCCCGGGUGCAGAGGGCCGUGUUAACACCCACGUGGAGUCUGUGGUGGACGCGCUCGCGCCGGACAGCGUAGGUGACGCCGGGCAAGCCGAGUUUCGCGGCGCGGCGUGUGGAGGGGCCGCGGAAUUCGGCAAGUCCCGCUUCGUGACGUCAUCGCAGUGCCUGUGUCGGCCGUGCGUUUCCGCGUCGUAUACCGCACUGUGAGGCACUUGGCCCCAUCUGACCGAGGAAUGAGGUGGGGCUGAACUUCUCACGAUCUACUGAAUUUCCGCCAAGAAAGCACAUUACAAAUGAAGCUUGUCCACACACAUCUUUAUGGUAGAACUUUGUAUAGCAGGAUGCGAAAAUAUGAUCACUUAUUAUCAGCGCAACGCAUCCUUCCCUGCGCGCAUUUGUCAGAAAUGUUGGAGUUGACCAGACGUUUGGUCGUUGUUGAUAAUGUCCGAUGCCUUUAAUCAGCUCGUGAGUACGCGAGGCAUCAUGUGGUCAGUGGCGUCGUGUUUCGCUUCGGCAAUUACUGGGACGCUGGAUGUUGUACAUAAAUGUGAUAUUGCCUACUGAUUUGUGUAAGCUGAGUGUUCCGUUAUGUUUGCGCGUGUGAUUCAGCACUAUUUAUUGCAAAUGAGAUGGUAGGUGAAUGUAGCGCAAUUAUAAACGAAUUCGAUGGAA